UAUUCCAGAAAGACCUCUUAACAAGGAGUCCCAUCAGUACCACCCGCCGACAAGCACCGCCACAGGAAGAAGAGAGCAGGAAGAGGCAAAAAACCACACACACGAGCGAGGCCGAGGCCGAAGCACAGUCAAGCAACCAGAUCGAUAGACUGUCGCAAUCUGCCUAUGGAGACUCUCGCCGCACAAUGUAUAUUCCGGGCACGCGUAGCGGUACGAGUGAUGGGGAUACCGGGACGGGCAGCAGAGAGAAGGUGUCAAGAGCGUCGCAGAAAGAAAAGGAGUCAGCAAAGCCGCCAAAGGGUGUGCACAUGUCGCAUGUUCAGUUGAAGCCUCUGCCUUCUGCACCACCCAAGAUUGCUACUGUGCCGAGAGAGACCACCAGACGGCACAGCAUGGAUAGCAUU